AUGGCAGGAACUGACAGCUCAACCCCGAUAGCAAUUAUUGGUUUGUCUGGGCGGUUUCCCGGCGAAGCCAGCAACCCUCAGAAGCUAUGGUCCGUACUUAUGAACAAACAGAGCACGAGGAGUGAGGUGCCUCCGGACCGGUUCAAUGUCAAUGCAUUCUAUCACCCUUCUGGCUCGCGCGCGGGCACCGUGAAUACGAGAUGGGGCCAUUUCAUGACGCGAGACCCUGCUGCUUUUGACGCGCCGUUUUUUUCUGUGCUUCCAGAGGAGGCGCGAGCAAUGGAUCCGCAGAGCCGUAUGGCGCUGGAAUGUGCAUUCGAGGCGUUUGAGAACGCUGGUAUGACAAUGGACGCUGUUGCAGGGACACGGACGGCAUGUUAUGUCGCGAGCUUCACGCACGACUACGCGGAGCUUCUGGCGCAGGACGGCGAAUCGCAGCCGAGAUACAAAUUCACGGGGUGUGGAGCGGGGAUGCUCGCGAACCGUAUCUCCUGGUUCUUUGACCUUCAAGCGCCCAGUGUGACGGUUGAUACUGCGUGCUCUUCGUCUCUCGUCGCGCUUCAUCUGGGCUGUCAGAGCAUCCACACAGGCGAUGCUGAUAUGGUGCUAGUCGGCGGCGCCAAUGUGAUCCUGUCCCCGCAGAUGAUGGCCAGUCAAAGUUCGCUUGGGUUUCUCAGCCCGGACGGCCGCAGCAAGGCCUUUGACGAGCAGGCAGACGGAUACGCCCGGGGUGAAGGAGUUGGUUUUCUCCUUCUCAAGCCCCUCGGGGCAGCACUUGCUGACGGAGACGCAAUUCGCGCCGUUAUCCGCGGCACCGGUGUGAAUCAGGAUGGCCGCACCGCCGGCAUCACCGUUCCUUCGGCACAGGCGCAGGAGCGAUUGAUUCGGAGCGUCUAUGACCGAGCCUGUCUCGAUCCCGUUGAGACGCCUUUUGUGGAAGCGCACGGAACAGGUACGAGGAAAGGCGAUUUGGCCGAGGCCUCAUCACUGGCGAGCGUCUUUUGCCACAGGCGGCUGCCGCAAAAUCCACUGUAUAUCGGAAGCGUCAAAACUAACAUAGGGCACCUUGAGGCUGCGGCUGGUGUUGCUCAGGUGAUAAAGACAGUUCUGGCCCUGGAGAACGGUAUUAUUCCGCCCAAUAUAUGGUUUACACGGCCAAGUACGGCGUUACCUCUUGACCGGUGGCGCCUGAAAGUCCCGGUAGAGCCGGUCUCCUGGCCAGAGGGUGAAAAGCGCAGAGCAAGUAUCAACUCCUUUGGGUAUGGCGGUACAAACGCUCACUGCGUGAUGGAGACUCUAGAAGAGUACUCAAUGGGGCAAGGUGCCGCGAAGGCUGGAACCCUGUGUCAGGAGCCACGGUGCAAUCAUGAAGCCAGGCCUAGAGAAGAAGAAGCGCCGAUGCUGAUUUUCUGGUCCUCCCAUGACAAGGGAGGCAUCUCUCGCCUGGCCGCUCAAUACGCACAGUAUCUUGAAGCGAAGGUCAAGUCCGCCACAGAUCGCAGCAGUCUGACACGACGGCUGUGUAUGACUCUCCAUUCUCGUCGUAGCGUCAUGCCAUGGAAGUCGUAUAUCGUAUCCCACUCUGCCAAUUCCAUUGUCGAAUCGUUCCGCAAUGGAGCUGCGCAACCACUUCGUUCAAGUGAACCGCCUGCGAUAGUAUUUGUCUUUACAGGCCAAGGUGCCCAGUGGCCUGGCAUGGGCCGUCAGCUCAUCCGCUAUCCUGAAUACUUAGAAUCUCUACAACUGGCUGGCAGGUUUCUACAAUGUCUGGGAUUGCAGGUGUCUGUUAUCGACGAAAUAAAGGCGACUCCAGAGCAAUCGUCCCUCGCCUCACCCGAGGUUAGUCAAACUCUUUGCACUGUCCUUCAAGUGGCCCUUGUAGACCUACUUGAGAGCUUCGGAAUUAACCCUACAGCCGUGAUUGGGCAUUCAGGGGGUGAGAUCGCCGCCGCCUAUGCCAAAGGCGCAAUAUCGCGCGAGGCCGCCUGGACAAUCGCCUUUCACCGUGGUCGCCUGUGCUCAUCCUUGCCCGACUAUGCCCCUUCAUUGCAAGGGGGGAUGCUCGUUGCUGGGCUGGGUCGGGAGGAUUGUGCAACGUACAUCGGACGCCUCACGGAAGGCGUUGCUGUUAUCGCCUGUGUUAAUAGCCCGCUAAGCUGCACAGUGGCCGGGGAUCUCAGCGCUCUUGACCAGCUGGAGGGGCUCUUGAGUGAAGCUGGAUGUUUCCACAGGCGACUACGGGUCUCUCGAGCCUACCACUCACCGCACAUGCAGGUCAUCGCCGGGGAAUGCUACAAAGCUAUAAGCAGUGCUCGGCCCUUGGCAGAUACGGAAAAGAGCCUCAAUACGACAAUGUACUCCACCGUGACCAGAGGUGUAGUCGAGUGCAGCGACCUUGGACCUGAUUAUUGGGUGUCCAACAUGAUUGAACCCGUAGAAUUUGUGGGUGCGGUCGAAUCCGUGAUACGGGACUUGGGAAAUAGAACAGCACCGACCGUUUUUGUCGAGAUUGGUCCCCAUUCUGCGCUCCAGGGUCCUCUGCGCCAGAUCCUGGACGCUGCGUCCAGUGCUGAGAGGUUUCCGUAUACUUCGCUGUUGGUCCGCGGCCGCGAUGCGCACCACACAUUGCUGGAAUCCAUGGGUUCUCUCAUCCAACACGGCUGCCACUUGAAGCUGCAUGAAAUAAACCAACUGUCAACCGAGGAAGGCUUCCUGGUCAAUCUCCCGCCAUAUCCAUGGAAUCACGAUGAGCGCAAUAGAUAUUGGGCCGAGUCUUCGGUAUCCCGUAAGAGACGUUUUCGUCAGCAUGCGCGCCACGAUCUGUGUGGGAUCAGAGUGGAAGAUGAUCUACCUGGCGAGGCUACAUGGCGAAACAUCCUGAGCCCGAGUGAGAAUCCAUGGAUCCUGGAUCAUCGCGUGCAAGGGACAAUUGUGUACCCUGCAGCGGGGAUGCUGACUGCAGUCGUUGAGGCUGUUCGAGAGUCUGUCAGAAACGUCCUAGAGAUCUCAUACUUCGAGCUGCGCGAUGUCAAAAUCUCGCGGCCUAUUGUUUUCAGCUCUGAAGAGGAUGUUGUUCAUACGCGUCUGCGGCUUCGGCAAGAGACGGGCCAGUGUCCUGGCUCCUUUGAAUUCCAACACUACUCGGAAAAGGGCGACGGCUGGGAGCUCAAUUGCAGCGGAAGCGUACUCGCUGGAACACCGUCGGACAGUCCGGAUGCCGCUCAUCGCACACGAUACGCCCACUGCAGGGCUGCGAGCUACGUUGAGACCACACCUCGCCAGGCAUACUCGCAAUGGGCCUCGGUCGGCCUCCAAUUUGGGCGCUGGUUCCAAAACCUCACUCAGCUCAGCAAGGGACCUUCAAGCGCAAUUGGAACGGUGAGAAUCCCCUCGACAACAGACUGUAUGCCAUGUGGGUUUGAACAGGAUAUGCUGGUUCACCCUGUGGUCCUGGACGCUUUGGUGCAGCUAGGCCUGAGUACGUCGAAAGAGGAAUACGAGGAGCCCCAUGAUACAAUGGUCCCAGUCGCCUUUUCACGUGUGCACAUUUCAGCGGACAUUCCGCAGGGUCCGGGCACUGAGAUGGUCGGGUACUCGGUCAUCAAUGACUCGGCUUCGGGCGUGAACGUGGCCGCAUCCGACACACAGUGGGCCCAGCCUUGGAUUAUCCUGGACGGACUCGAACUGGCAACUCUGUCGGUGAGAAGCGGUGAUGCGGUGGGGCCAACUGCUGCCAGGGUACCUCGCAAGCUUGCCGCAGCGACAGAGUGGUUGCCGAGCAUUAUCCACACACCGGGGGACAUUAUCCAGAGGGCAUGUAAUCUCCCUGGGGAAAGUAUGCAAGCAGAUCGAGCCUGCGAACUUCAGUGGGCAGCCCUAAUUUGGAUCCAGCGGAUCCUGCGAGGUUGCCCUUUGACUGACGUUUCUCCGUCUCCCCCGCAUCUGCGCAGACUGCACCACGGCAUGACCAGGCUUUAUAACUCGGCCAUACAAGGCGAUAGUUUUCCAGAGGACUCGCGUCUGAAAAUGCUACUAAGCUCUCCCCGGAAGGUUCAAGACGAGGCUCUCCAGCAGGUGGCCAACUCAUCCAUCGACGGAGAGAUCCUGGAUCAUCACUGUCGAAUGCUGGACAGAAUCCUGAGGGGAAAUAUGCACUCAAUCGAGGCACUGCUCGAAGAAAGCAGGCUCCACCGCUGGUACGCGGAGGGAAUCACAUGGCGCGCAAACCAUGACAAAGUCUCGUCGUAUCUGAGGCUGCAUGCGCGCAACAACGCGCAGGCCCAAAUCCUGGAGAUUGGAGGCGGUACUGGCGGACUGACGCUCUCUGCCCUGCGGGCCAUGACCCUCUCUGACGGCUCUGCACUUUUCGAUAGCUACUGCUUUACUGACAUCAGUGGUGGCUUUUUUGAAAAGGCCCGGAAAAAGUUUGCCGCUUGGGCCCAUUGCAUGAGCUUCGUUACCCUGAAUAUUGAGCAUGAUCUUGAGAGACAAGGGUUCGGUGAGGCACAGUUUGAUUUGAUACUGGCGGACAAUGUCCUGCAUGCCACAAAAUCAAUCCGGCACACGUUGUCUGCUGUGCGCAAACUACUUAAACCAACCGGUCGAUUAGUGCUAAGCGAGAUUACGCGCAAUAUGCCUCAUAUCACAAUGACUGUUGGUGCCCUUGAGGGCUGGUGGCUGGGUGUUGAGGAUGGGCGAGUCUGGGAGCCAACACUUUCCGUCGAGCAGUGGGAUGGAGCCCUAAGAGACACGGGAUUCAGCGGAGUCGACAUUUCCUUGCAUGACAGGCCCAAGGGCGAUCAUAUAAUGACGGGGAUGGUUGCUACCGCACGGCAACUUGGCUUGACGCCUCCACCAACACCAGCCGUCAUCAUCAUCCAUAUGCAUAACCUCACUCCCAGGGUCCGUACCUUUGUUACAGGGUGCAUCACACAGCUGCGGGCGUUAGGAAUGGACGUGGCUGUCGAGAGUCUGGGCAGCAGCUCAGCUCAUGAUAACCUACACGACAAGACGGUUGUGCUAUUGCUCGAUGCAGAUCCUGAGCAGAGAGAUCUAGCCACCAUCAACGAGACGGAGUGGACAGCUCUAAAGCAUACUCUAUUGAGUUGCGCCGAUGCAGUAUGGAUCACUCGAGGCGCCAAUGCAGAUGGCUGGAACCCAUGGGCCAGCAUGGCACAGGGCUUAGUCCGCUCCCUGCGUGCCGAGAAUCCCGCAACCGCUAUAACGAUGGUGGAUAUCGCCUGUGAGCAGGACCUUGACAGCGCUACCACCAUCUCCUCGAUCACCAGGCUCGCCCUUGCCGGACGCCGAGCGAAAAUUACGCACGAGUCGCAUGACUGGGAGUAUUGCAUCCGGGGCCGCGAAAUCCUCAUUCCGCGCGUAAUGACGGAGGAUGGAGUGAAUGGCGCAGUUUUUAAAUCUGUCAAGUCUGAAACUGAACAAAUUCCCUUUGGGCAGCCCGGCACAUCAGUGGCACUGACCACCAUUGAGCCAUUGCGUUUCGUCCAGGAUCCGGCCUACUGGCUGGAGCCUCUCGGCAAAGACGAAGCCGAGGUCGCCACCAGAGCUACUCAUCUUGUUUCUUCCCAAGGCCAGAAUAACAGCAGUCACGGUCUUGUCACUGUCUGUGGAACUGUGACACGACUCGGCACAGCUUGUCAUUCUGAAUUGAGCGUUGGAGAUCGCGUUAUGACCAUUCAGCGAGGUGCCAUCAGAAACCUCUAUCGAUGCCCCCUGACUCUAUGCCACAGAAUUCCCGAAAAGCUGGGAGACUUUGGCGUGGCUGUCCGAGUUCUCUGGGCCUAUACGACGGCGUUCUACUGCUUGGUUCACAAAGCAUCACUGAAGGCGGGAGAGGCGGUCUUGAUUGAUUGUGCGAGUAAUACACUGCAAGAAUCGUUGAUCAGGCUGGCACAACACGCGCGCGCCGAGGUAUUUUUGCUGGUCUCUUCGGAGGCUAGAAAAAACCAGCUGGCCAGCACCUUCCUGGUUCCGCCCGAUCAUAUCCUCAGUACCGGCGGCGAGGGCUUGCAAGGCCUGGAUAUGGGCCGUCGGUUUGACUUGAUUCUCUUGGAUGCUGCUCCUACCAACCUCCUUCAGCAGUACCUGGCUCCUGGAGCCCGUCUGGUCUUGGUUCAACAUCAAGGUAGGACCCAGCACUCAUCCUUUCAUGGCUCCAAUGGCAGUGUUGACAGACACGAAUCCUGGUUUCUAGACAGCAAGGGGACUCGGCUUCGACUGCCAAUACCAGGCGACGCCCGUAUGUAUACCAUCGCCCCUGACACGCUCUCCCACGAGGACCGGACAAUCGUUGCACAGAUUUUAAGGCAUGUCACCGAGUUGGUCCGGAGUCAGGAAAUUCACGCCGACUCCGGGGGCGCAAAACCAGGCUGCAGCAGAAGUGAAGAGUCCCUCCAUAUCACCAACUGUGUUGAAGGGGCACCGAACCAACUAGUAGUGGAAGCGCACGGACGCGCGCUUGUGCCGGACUUCCAUAACAAGGUCAUCAAAUCCCGGCCCACCGCUCAUUUACUUCCCAACGCGACCUACAUCAUCGCUGGCGGCUCUGGGGGUCUAGGGGCCUCUCUAGCCCGUUGGAUGUGCCAUCGAGGCGCCCGGCACAUUGUCAUUUUAUCUCGUCAAGCAGAUACGAGGCCAGGUGUAGCCAAGUUGAUCGAAGAUCUCGCCGUGAACGGAGUAAAGGUAGCAGCGGUCCCCUGCGAUAUCACCGACAGCCAGCAGGACUCUGUCUUUCACAAUAUGAGUUUUGGAGCCUGGAACCGGGCAAUCCACCCCAAGGUCAUGGGGAGCUGGAAUCUCCAUACCCACUGCCCAAGCGAGGUUGAUUUCUUCAUCCUCUUGUCGUCAUUUGUCGGCACAGUCGGCUUACGCGGACAGGCCAAUUAUGCCGCCGGUAACUCGUUCCAGGAUGCACUCGCCCACCACCGCCGGUCGCGUGGACAGGCCGGCGUAUCUCUCAGCCUCGGAUUCAUUGACGGAGCGGGCUUCAUCGCGCAGAGCUCAGGGCGCGUUGCAGAGAACGUCUCCAAAUUCAACUUCCUGCACAUCCAGCAAUCUGAAUUCCUACAGCUCGUUGAGCUCGCGGUGACGAGCCCAGACCGUCUGCCAGCUCAGGUCAUCACGGGCUGCGGCACAGGUGGGAUGGUAGCCGCACGGGAGGGCGACCCCGGCGACGUCUACUGGUUGCGUGAUCCUCGAUUCCAAUUGCUUGCCCAGGUGGACUUGCACCAUUUUCAGAGGAUGAAUUCCGAGCCCGCUGCCGAGGGCUUCUCCCUCGGUGCGUUACUCGCCGCGGCCGAAACGGUGGGGGCUGCAGCAACGGCAGUGCUCGACGCGCUGUGUCGCAAACUCGCGACGGCAGCGUCUAUCGAAGCUGGGGAUAUUGAUACCUCGCGGCAGCUAAGCAGCUAUGGGGUGGAUAGCUUGCUGGCGGUCGAUCUGCGCGCCUAUCUUGCCACCGAGGCUCGGCUUGACAUUUCGGUGUUUGAGCUGAUGCGUAGUAGACCGAUGAGAGAGCUUGCUCGAGACUUGGCCUUGCGGUCGAAGUACUUUAGAUCAAGCCACGUAGCUACGUAA